CAUAUAUACGAAGGUGCAGGUGGGAGAUCGUCCACAUUCUAGUGUGAGCCUUCCCCGAGUGAGCAAGCAGGCUGCUGCCACCACCAGCCAGCACGACUAACGUCUCAUUUCGUGAUUGACAAAGACAUAUCGGAACCGAAUACCGCCGUUCCUUGAACGUGAACGUGACAGGCAUUCAUCUCUGGAGGAGAUAAAUGUUGUUGCCGUGAUCUUACUCUUCUUCUUCUCACUCGCCGGCUCCAUGAAAUAAGAGAAACCUUUAAGUCAAGAUGGAUCUGGAAGUGAGCAUCAGUCUCGCUGACGCAGCCCUCAGCGAAGUUACAGACAUGGCUACUGACAGUCAGCUUUCUCCUUUUGGGAACCCCCAGUGCGACAGCUCGGAUUCUGGUCAGUACGAAAUAGAACCUGACUUGUCAGAAGGAUCUGCGGAGGAGAACGACGUGGAUGGAAAUAGGAAUAGGCCUAUGGCUGUGGAUGACGUAGAUGGGAAUAAGAAUAGACCUAUGUCCGUGGAUAACGUAGAUGAAAACAUGGAUAAAGCUACAGUCUUUGAUGAGAAUAAGGCAAAUCCGAAUCAGAAUUGUAUCUCCGCUGACGAUAACGCAGCAAAUAAUCUGUACGAUUUCUACAUUGCGUCUAACGUGAAGGAGAUCGAGCCUCGUCUGCCUGAGAUUAAAGGUGAAUUAAAGAGGAACAUUACCACUAACGACGGAAAUGCUCUCGUCAUUAAGACCUCAUCGGAUGAUUCUAAGCCAACGAUAAAACUUUCUAGAAAUUCUUCUUUUCAGGGACCCAUGAUAACCAGCAUCAGAAUAGGGGCUCCCAAGAGGAGCGCCAGCAUGGACGGUGAAGAGUUGUGCCCACCCGAACUGGAGUACACCAUCAGUGUAUCAGGUCAGAACAAUGUAACGCUGCAAAUGACCACGGCUCCGUCUCUCCGUAAGUCUACGUGUGACAAGAAAGUUUCAACUCAGAAUAAUUGUGAGUUGCAGUUACUAGGUGGAAACUCGGCAGAAAUGGCGGAAGAUGGACCCCUCUCCGAGCACGAAAUACUGGUAGGAAAUCAGACGGUGAGGUUACGCCCAAAGAAGACCCACAGUCGAAACGGGUGCGCAACGAACUCUCACUCAUCACAGACGGAGGCAAUGAAGCGCCACAGCGCUGAGAUAUCGCAGCUCAGACACGCCCUGGAGCAAAAAAUCAACCGGAAUUCGCCUCACAGGCGGAGUUACCAUGACAGUCCAUACGGGAACAGACGGCCCCUCAGUGCCGUUGGAUAUUCGAGUCUAUGUGGCACCCCGAUCAAGGAAAACAGACGCCCUCGAGAUAGUGCCACCUGCAUCAGGAGGUCUGUGAGCCACAUGUCAAGUCCUCUGCACUGGCGAAAUGAUGCCAAAAACUCUGUGCACGUCACGGAUCAGAAGAAACUUGAAUUCCUGUCAGACGGACAUCAGGAUUUCAGGAACUCCUACGAAUCGGGACUGUGUAACGAAUACCACAAUAUCAUCGGAAGCAACACCCGUGGGUCACCCUGUCCCCAGUCUUAUUGCGAUCAUUUCUGCCCAGAGAGAAACAACAGACACUGUAAUACCUGCACCAACAAACAGUCAUCGUAUCCAUACUUCUGCGAAAACGAAGAGAAUAUAACUUGCCGCAAUAAGAAUCUUCAUAACUCGUUGGGUGUUGGUUCUACGUGCUCCCAACACAAGAGAACCAAUACUAUUCCUGGGACGAUGACUGAUGCAACCCAAGCAACAGGGCCAACGGUCGAAGACGAUGGAAGGGUCAACUACUACCCAAACUGCGAUGCAACCAUCUGGCUGAGGUCUUGUGAACAAGAGGUCACAGAGCCGUUGUCUGGGGAACAGAUAGGACAAGUUCCCCACUGGAUAUCCGGGGCACUAAUCAGAAACGGCCCCGGGAGGUUGACAGUCGGUGACCAAAAGUAUAAUCACUUAUUCGACGGAUCUGCUCUGUUGCACAGAUUCCACUUCAAAAAAGGCAAAGUGACUUACCAGAAUAAGUUCCUGAGGAGCAGAAGUUACUUGAGAGACACCAAAGCACAGAGGAUAGUCGUGAACUACUUCGGUACGCGCGCUCAUCCCGACCCGUGUAGAACUAUCCUCCAGAAUAUCGCCAGCAAGUUCGACUUUGAAGAACACUUCACAGACAAUGCUCAAAUCAGCCUCUACCCUUAUGGGGACGGUCUGUACGCCCUUACGGAGACGCCCUUCAUCUUCCGGGUAGAUCCAGAUACCCUCAAUACCCACGAAAAGGUUGACUUAACGAAGUACCUGGCGGUGAUGACACACACGGCGCACCCUCACGUCGACAGAGAUGGCACCGUCUACAACAUAGGCCAAGGCGUGGGACCGCUUGGCCCCAAAUAUCACAUCUGUAAAUUCCCUAAUCCGAAGGCUGAUAAGAGAGGUAAAGUCAAGAGCCCCUUCGACCAGGCCCAGAUCGUGGGUUCGGUGGGGGCUAGGUGGCGCCUCAACCCGUGCUAUAUGCACUCCUUCUCCAUGACCGAGAACUACUGGGUGAUCAUCGAGCAGCCUCUGGUGGUGUCCGUUCCCAAAAUCCUGAGGGUCGUCAUCAAACAGGAUGCCCUCAUAGAUGCCCUUCAGUGGUAUGAAAAAGAGACGAAGAUCCACGUCAUCCGGAGGGAUACGGGAGCGACGAUAACCACCCAGUACGUGACGGAGACCUUCUUCUUCCUGCACACCAUCAACGCCUACGAGGACCGAGGUCACAUCGUCCUUGACAUCGCCACCUACAGGAACGCCGAGAUGCUGCACUGCAUGUACGUCGAAGCUCUGAAGAACGCAUCCUACGAUCCAUCCUACGCCCGCAUGUUCCGAGGGCGCCCCAAGAGGUGGGUGAUCCCCCUGAGGCCGAACAAGGACGCCAGCGUCGGCACUAACCUGGUCACUCUGCCUGACACCAAGUGCCAAGGUCGAUGGCUCAAGAAGAAUGUCAUCUACUUGACGCCGGAGUUGCUGGCUGAUAUUGGCUGUGAGGUACCUCGUAUUCAUUACGAGAAACACAAUGGACGACCGUACCAGUAUUUCUACGCCAUCUGCAGCGACGUCGAUCACCCUAACCCGGGCACGCUUGUGAAGGUAGACGUCGUGAGCAAGACUCACCUGGAAUGGAGUGAGGACAACAUCUACCCUUCGGAACCAGUUUUUGUGCCACAUCCUCUGGGAAAGAAUGAGGAUGAUGGAGUAGUGCUGUCAGCUCUUCUUAGGGCGAAGGGGCUCGACAACCAGGUCUGCAUGGUCAUUCUCGACGCUGCCACUUUCACCCUGAGGGCCAGGGUUGAAUUCCUGGCCCCUGGGCCCGUUCCCAAGUGCCUCCACGGGUGGUUUGUCCCGGAGGGCACGCUGAAGGUGCACCGGAAGGAACAGGAAAAUAUCUCUAACAAGGAGGAGUGAAAUGCCUCGGGGACGUCGAAGGGGCUAUGUACAAUAUCUUGCGCGUGUGUGUUUGUGAAAAUAAAGGUUUGUGGUUUGUGCGUAAUGGUAGUCAGAGAGUCUAUACUACAUUGUUGAUGAAUGAAUUCACUUUUGGCAGUGACGUGCUUUUUAUUUUUGUUAAUAUAAAGGAAAAUGUAAAAACAUAACACUGUGAAAUAACUUAAUUCUUCUCAUAGGAAAAAAAAUUAUUUUAAAAAGGCUUACGAAUGAAAGACAUGUAAAAAAAAAAGUUAGCCAGAUUAGCUUAGAAUUAAUUCUGCAGCGACAGAGAACUCCACAUAAUACAUGAUGAUAAAACA